AUGCGUUCCACUUCCGUCAUUGCCUUCCUGGCUACUUCUCUCCUUGCUUCUACCGGUGCUGCAGUCACCGAGAACCCAGCAAUUGCCUUUGGAACAUUCACCGACAGGUGCAGCAGUGGCCAGCGCGACUUCCAAAAUCCCGACGACGGCUGCCACGGGCUUCCUGGAAAAGGCAUGAAAGUCUGGUGGCUUGCAGAGACCUGCCGCGCCUUCAUUUACAAGGACUACAACUGCACUCCUGCAGCUGGUGAGCUACAGGUAGCCAAAGGAACAUGCUACGAUACCACCAGAUACUACAGCAUUAAAGUAUUUUGUCACUAG